CCACUUUUGCCUCCACCUUGGAUAAUUGCCGACGGCCAAUCCGACGACCGACGUUUCCUUUACAUCUAUCAUACUCUUACCACACAAGCUCGUUCUCUUCCUCCCUCAUCCAACAUGGCUUCUAGGAUAUCACCCAUGCUGUCUGCCUUACGCUCCUCGACCACUCUGGCUCGUCCAUUCGCUAGGAGAGCCGCAGCCCCCCUCGUCGCGACGGCUGUCGGCGGGGGGAUAGUCUACCUUUCUGUCGCUGCUCUCGAGCCUUGGAAGUACCAGAAUCCCUUCCUUAUACAUGCCGACUCAGCAGCCCACCCAGAUUUCCGAGUCGAUCCGAAAUCUCAGCUUCCCUUCCGUGUCGACCCCGAAACCUCUAUCGAGUUCCCUAUCACUCUCAGCACCACCACACCCACUCCCGCGCUUACGCUCGUCGGUCUCGGUGUACGGAAAGUGUCGUUCUUGAGGAUCAAGGUGUACAGCGCCGGGUUCUAUGUGCAAGAGGGUGCCACUAGGUGUCUACAUUAUAUUCCAGGGUGGUCUACUUUUACGGCGCAACAUCUCUUGACUCCCCCUACUCCUUCAGCUGAUCCUCUACUGUCCCCUCAAUUGUCUGGCGAGGCUCUGAUGGCGAAUCUGUUGGAUCAGAAAGUAGGAUGCGCUGUUAGAAUUGUGCCGAAUAGAAACACGGACUUUGGCCACUUGCGCGAUGCUUUCGUGAGGUCUCUGAACGCCAGGCAGAAGGCCAUGCACCAAGAAGGCGCUCUGAGUGAAGCUGAAGAAGAGCGUCUCACCACCUCGAUCCAAUCUUUCAAAGCCUUCUUCCCCUCCUCCGUUGUACCGAAAGGCAAAUCUCUCGUUCUCUUACGUCCAGCUGAGGGAGGCAUCGUUGUCGAGUACGAGGGAUCUAUCCUUGGCAGACUGGAUGACCCCUGGGUGGGCAAACAAUUGAUGUUGACGUACUUUGCGGAUAACGGUGUUGUGUCAGAGAAGCUCAAGGAAGAUGUCGCACAUGGUCUUGAAGGGUUUGUGCAGCGGAACAGACCUCCUCCUCAAUAGAUAGCUGCAUACGCACCUACCGUACAAUAGCUAUGUAGUCACCAUCACUCACCUAUACCACUCUUUGCCAUGGUCCCCUCAUGCGGGGUUACUAGGCUCUCCUAACCGGGGGGUUGUGCUGGAUUCUGGCGUUCUUGGAGUCAAAAGAUAGCUACGAUUCGCAGGUACCAUUUGGGCUCCGGGGGUGAAGAGGGUUACAUAGGAUUUGUAGUGCUCAUCAUUUCUAUGUACUAGGACUG